GGAAUAUAUUUGCCCCAGAUGUGAAUCGGGCUUUAUUGAAGAAGUGACAGAUGAUUCCAGAAUCUAAAGUUGAAGGUCCCCGCUUCCACCACCACGAACAGCUACACACUUCCCAUUUUUUAGGUGGUGGCAGCGGUGGCAGCCGGAUAGAUAAUAGUACAUCAACACAAUUUGCAGAGUUCUGGGACCAUUUGGACCACACGAUGUUUUUCCAAGACUUUAGACCAUUUUUAAGUAGCAAUCCACUGGACCACGAUAAUCGAACCCAUGAGAGGGGUCAUCAAACGCACACCGACUUCUGGGGACCCAGUCGUCCUCCACGACUGCCAAUGACUCGGAGAUACAGAUCCCAGGGAAGUACUCGUCCCGAGAGGUCCCCAGCUAUUGAAGGGAUAAUACAGCAGCUCUUUGCAGGAUUCUUUGCAAACUCUGCAAUUCCGAGAUCCCCCCACCCUUUGUCCUGGUACGGGAUGCUGCACUCCAACCCCGAGGACUACGCCUGGGGUCAGACGGAGCUGGAUGCCAUUGUAACUCAGCUUUUAGGACAACUGGAAAACACAGGGCCUCCCCCUGCGGAUAAGGAAAAGAUCUCAUCUCUUCCAACAGUGACAGUGACUCAGGAACAAGUUGAUAUGGGUCUGGAGUGUCCAGUGUGCAAAGAAGAUUACACAGUAGAAGAGCAAGUCCGGCAGUUACCCUGCAACCACUUCUUCCAUAGCAGCUGUAUUGUGCCGUGGUUAGAACUGCAUGACACAUGUCCUGUGUGCAGGAAGAGCUUGAACGGCGAGGACUCCACUCGGCAGACCCAGAGCUCGGAGGCCUCUGCAAGCAGCAGAUUUAGCAGUGACAGCCAGCUCCAUGACCGAUGGACUUUCUGAAGCUCAAGACCACGCCCGAGCCAGGCCACCGCUGUACAUUGUCUUCAACUAAACAUAAUAGGCGACUUAGGAAUCUCUUGAGAAACUCUAACUCAUCACUAUUAACACAAUGAGUGGUUUUCCUCUCCAAAUUCAAAUCUGCAGAUGGAAUUGUAUAUACAACCGAAUGGCUCUUA